AUGCAACAAAUCCGAGUAACCGCAGUACGUACCAGAAGUAGAGGGUGUGUGGCCAUACUUGGCGCUGAAGGAUACGUGAGGUUCUGCCAAGUUGUGGUCUAUUAUAUUCAUUUUGCCAUCUGGGAUAUCGACAUAAUGCACGGCCUAAAUCCAAUAAUGCACAUAUUGGUCGUUGUACCUGAAUGUUCUCCCGAUCUGAAGCCUGUUGUAGGUCAGAAAUUCCAAUCCUUGGACUUCGCUUUCGCUUGCUACGAGGUAUAUGCCCGCGCUGUUGGCUUUGAUACGCGCAAACAAGCUAUGAGGAAGGUUGACGAUGUCAUGACGUGGUAUCGUGUUGUAUGCAAUAGGGAAGGAAGGAAGAAGGGUGAUGAAAAUGACCAGUUGAAUGCCCGUUCUGGUUACAUAAUUGAGGAGUUCAACGAGAUUCAUAACCAUCACAUGGUUGAAACGGAACAUCAACAAUUCAUGUCGAGUAAUCGCAAGCUGGAUGAUGUACAUCAUAAAUUCAUCAUCGACUGUUCCAAGGCUAAUAUAGGACCCACGCUCACAUUUAAGGUGUUGAAGGAAAUUCUUGGUGGGUUUGACCUAGUUGGUUGCACUGUUGUGGAUAUCAGGAAUGCCUCACGGGACAUCAAAGCAUACGCACAGGGAUUUGAUGUACAAAUGGUGUUGGAUGAUAAGAAGAAGGAGAUGUCUGAGGCGUUCACCUAUCACUACGAUGUUAACGAAUCCGACCAGUUGGUUGCUCUGUUUUGGUGCGACGGUUUGAUGAAGCAAAAUUACCACAUGUUUGGUGAUAUUGUGAGCUUCGACUCCACGUACAACACAAACAGGUACUGUAUGAUCUUCACCCCUUUCACUGGAAAGGAUAAUCAUGGUAGUCCUGUGACAUUUGCGGCCGGAUUGGUAUGCAGCGAGAAAACCGGGGCUUCUGCUUGGUUGUUCAGACAUUUUGUAGAUUGUAUGGGUGUAGCACCCAGUAUGAUUGUGACCGAUCAAGAUUUGGGUAUAAGGUCAGCGAUUGAAGAGGUCCUAGUUGGCACAUGCCACCGUUGGUGUAUGUGGCAUAUAAUGCAUAAGCUGGCUGUCAAGCUACCAAACAGAUUGUUGCGGGACGACGAGUUCAAAAAGGAAUUUAACGCUUGUGUUUGGUCGGACCUAGUUGAGCCGGACGAAUUCGAGGAGGAGUGGAAUAGAUUGGUCGAACAUCAUCAGCUAGAGGACAUCGACUGGUUCAACACAUUGUAUGCGUAUAGGAAGUACUGGAUACCGGCGUAUUUCAGGGAUUUUCGUAUGGGAUCAAUGAUUAGGACUACGUCCAUAUCUGAAUCAGAGAACAGUUUUUACAAAAAUUUUCUGAAGCCCCGAGCUAACAUAGCCGAAUUCUACUUGAAUUUCAACCAUGCCACAGAAUUCCAGCGGAACAGUAGAAUAGCUUUGGACUACCACGAUGCCACUGCCAUACCCAUACUAGCAACUACUCUGCCGUUCGAGAAACAUGCUUCUACGUUGUUUACCGAUAGUAUGUUCAAGAAAAUACAACAAGAAAUUGUGGAGGGUAAUGACAGAUGUCGUGUGCUGGGUUUUAUGUCCGGAGAAACGGUUGACACAUACAAGCUUGGCGAUAGCAAGCGUAAUGCAUACUUUGUUCGUCAUGACAAGACUGAUGAUACUUACUCGUGCGAAUGCAAACUAUUUGCUCGGCAUGGUUAUUUGUGCAGUCAUAUAUUUUUCUUGUUUCAGAACAAUGAGGUGAAAAAAAUCCCGGAUAAAUACUGUGACAGCCGAUGGAUGAAGACUCCCUUAGCCAAGGCUGUACAUGGGGAGUUGAAGGAUCCCGUGCAUACCCAUUCCUCCGCUGACGAUAGGCAAACUGUGUCUAAGCAGGCGAUUUCGAUGUUUUAUGGUUUUCUUAGACGGUUUGAGACCGACAUCGAUAUAUUACGUGCAUUUGUAGGUGGCGUUGAAGAACUUGGUAACUCUCUUCAAACUGAAUCUGUUGCGGUUCAUCCUCCGGAUGUCGUGAAGACGAAGGGUCACGCCAGCAGCUCUGCGAGUCGUCUGAUUUCGAAGAGAGAGAAGGCUAUAAAGGAUGCGACAAGGCCUCUUAGAAGGUGUAAGGCGUGUGAUGAGAUGGUUCAUCACGACUCCAGGAACUGUCCACUGCUUAAAGAGAUGACGAUGGAGAAAGAUGCACGCAAGGGUAAGAGAGCAGCUUGA